AUGCCGUUGCUGGACGGUCCCCGGAACGGUGAGACUGUCACUGCCAGUGCUCAUAAUGGCAUCCCUAUUAUUGACGGAGUCGACCCUUCCACACUUCGAGGCGACAUUGACCAAGACCCCAACAGGCGGCAGAAGAUCGUCGUCGUGGGGUUGGGCAUGGUUGCCGUUGCAUUCAUUGAGAAACUCGUCAAGCUAGAUUCAGAGAGACGCAAGUACGAUAUCGUCGUGAUUGGAGAAGAGCCGCAUAUUGCCUACAACCGUGUAGGUCUGUCGUCGUACUUCGAGCACCGCAAGAUCGAAGAUCUAUAUCUGAACCCGAAAGAAUGGUACGGCUCAUUCAAGGACCGAUCGUUCGACUACUACCUCAAUACCCGAGUGACCGAUGUUUUUCCUCAACACAAAACCGUCAAGACCUCAACCGGUGACAUUGUUUCGUACGAUAUCCUUGUUCUCGCUACUGGGUCAGACGCCGUGCUUCCUACUAGCACGCCUGGUCAUGAUGCCAAGGGGAUCUUUGUUUAUCGUACCAUUUCCGACCUUGAACGGCUCAUGGAGUUUGCGGCCAAUCACAAGGGCCAAACCGGUGUCACAGUGGGAGGCGGUUUACUCGGCCUUGAAGCUGCCAAGGCCAUGACAGAUCUCGAAGACUUUGGCAGUGUCAAAUUAAUAGACCGCAACAAAUGGGUGCUGGCCAGACAGCUGGAUGGCGAUGCCGGUUCCCUUGUGACUAAGAAGAUCAGAGACCUCGGUUUGGAGGUGCUCCACGAGAAACGGGUGGCUAAGAUUCAUACUGAUGACGACAACAAUGUGACUGGUAUUCUCUUCGAGGACGGCCAGGAGCUUGAUUGUUGCUGUAUCUGUUUUGCUAUUGGCAUUCGACCGCGAGACGAGCUGGGAGGAAGCACCGGUAUUCAAUGCGCAAAGCGUGGCGGCUUCGUCAUUGACGAAAGCUUGCGAACAUCGGUUAAUGACAUUUACGCUAUUGGCGAGUGUGCUAGCUGGGAAAACCAGACUUUUGGUAUCAUUGCUCCUGGUAUUGAGAUGGCCGAUGUGCUAUCAUUUAACUUGACAAACCCGGACAAGGAACCGAAGAGAUUCAACAGGCCGGACCUAAGCACCAAACUCAAGCUGUUAGGAGUCGAUGUUGCCAGUUUUGGUGACUUUUUCGCCGACAGAGAUGGACCGAAAUUCCUUCCAGGGCAACGACCGUCUGCCGAAUCUAUUGGAGCUGCAGACCCUAACCGUGAAGAAGAACCUCAGGUCAAGGCCCUCACGUAUAGAGAUCCUUUUGGCGGAGUCUACAAGAAGUACCUGUUUACCAUGGAUGGAAAAUACCUUCUUGGCGGUAUGAUGAUUGGCGAUACCAAGGAUUAUGUCAAGCUGAACCAGAUGGUGAAGUCACAGAAGCCUCUGGAAGUACCACCCAGUGAAUUCAUCUUGGGUGCCCAGAGCGGUGGAGAAGAAAAUGCAGACGAUCUUGAUGACAGCACUCAGAUUUGCUCGUGUCACAAUGUAACCAAGGGCGACGUGGUAGAGAGCGUCAAGAGCGGCACUUGCAAGACGAUAGCAGACGUUAAGUCAUGCACCAAGGCAGGAACGGGUUGUGGUGGCUGUAUGCCUCUAGUGCAGUCCAUCUUCAACAAAACCAUGCUGGACAUGGGUCAAGAAGUCUCAAACAACCUGUGUGUCCAUAUUCCAUACUCGCGGGCGGACCUUUACAAUGUCAUAGCUAUCCGUCAAUUAAGAACCUUUGACGAUGUGAUGAAGUCGGCUGGAAAGUGCCCAGACUCGCUAGGAUGUGAGAUCUGUAAGCCGGCAAUUGCGUCUAUCCUCUCCAGUCUCUUCAACCCCCACCUUAUGGACAAAGAAUAUCACGAACUUCAAGAGACCAACGAUAGAUUCCUCGCCAACAUUCAGAGAAAUGGGACUUUCUCGGUUGUCCCUCGAGUUCCUGGAGGUGAAAUCACAGCCGACAAGUUGAUUGCAAUUGGGCAGGUAGCCAAGAAAUACAAUCUUUACUGCAAGAUCACAGGUGGUCAGCGUAUCGAUAUGUUUGGUGCCAGGAAGCAGGAUCUACUCGAUAUUUGGACUGAGCUCGUCGAUGCCGGUAUGGAGAGUGGCCAUGCGUACGCCAAGUCACUCCGAACUGUUAAGAGUUGUGUUGGAACAACCUGGUGCCGAUUCGGCGUCGGAGACAGCGUUGGAAUGGCUAUCCGCUUGGAGCAACGGUAUAAGAGUAUCCGAGCUCCACACAAGUUCAAGGGUGCUGUCUCUGGCUGUGUCCGAGAGUGUGCCGAAGCUCAAAACAAGGACUUUGGUCUUAUUGCUACCGAGAAGGGAUUCAAUAUCUUCGUUGGUGGCAACGGAGGUGCCAAACCCCGUCAUUCAGAGUUACUUGCCAAGGAUGUACCACCUGAGGAGGUGAUUCCGAUCCUGGAUCGCUACGUGAUCUUCUACAUCAGAACUGCAGACAAACUCCAGCGAACGGCGAGAUGGCUCGAGAGCCUUCCGGGCGGCAUUGAAUACCUCAAGGACGUUGUUCUCAAUGAUAAACUUGGAAUAGCAGCAGAGAUGGAGCGUCAAAUGCAGGAGCUGGUUGACAGCUACUUCUGCGAAUGGACCGAGACAGUCAGAAAUCCCAAACGUCGCAAGUACUUCCAACAAUUCGCCAACACUGACGAGACGGUCGAGAACGUGGAAAUUGUUAAGGAGCGCGAGCAAGUGCGCCCGACUUACUGGCCCAAGGACGGAGCCAACGAAGACUUCAAGGGUCACCAAUGGUCCAGCCUCUCGUGGCAGCCAGUUAUCAAGGCUGACUACUUCUCCGACGGCCCACCCGCAAUCUCGUCCGCCAAUAUCAAGCGCGGUGAUACCCAAUUGGCCAUUUUCAAGGUCAAGGGCAAGUACUACGCUACACAACAAAUGUGCCCUCACAAGCGAACCUUUGUCUUGUCCGACGGUCUGAUUGGCGACGACGACAACGGCAAAUACUGGGUAUCGUGUCCGUACCACAAGCGGAACUUCGAACUCAACGGCGAGCAGGCUGGCCGUUGCCAAAACGAUGAGGCGAUGAAUAUUGCCACAUUCCCAGUUGAGGAGCGGGAAGAUGGCUGGAUUUACAUGAAACUUCCACCAGUUGAGGAGCUGGAUUCCGUUCUUGGUACGGAAAAGUGGAAGGUGAAGAAGGGUGAAGCUGUGGACCCGUUUGAGGCGUAUGACAAGAAGUACAGCGGGAUGAAAGGGAAGAGAGCCGGCGCCAAGGGAAUUGAGGGCAGCAAGCCCACUCGGUCUCCUUCAAACACAAUAGACUGGUAGACUGACGAGGAUACGUUUUGCGAUGUGAUAUUAGUAUGGUGGACAUGCUUAUUGGUUUGCAUGGCGUUUUUCUAUUCAGGCGGUUCUAUGCAUUAUACCUAGUGUUAAACAAUCUAUGAUU